AUGGUGGAGCUGGAUGCGUUUGAGGCACCUGAUUUCGACCCUGUGACGUAUGUGAACGACUACUGUCAGAAGAAGAGCCAGGAUGCGCCCAUGGAUAGGUACCUUACAGAGCUGGAGCUCAGACUGCAGCUCGUGAGCGAGGACAUCGUCGGGAAAUUGGCGGAUGCCAGCUCCCGAGCCUCUCUCCGGAGCGACCUGGCCUCCGCCCAGGCCAGCAUGGCGGAGGUCCAGGAGCGGGUGAACGCCUCGGCCGUGGGGCCCGGCGCCCAGGCGGUGGACACCCUGCGCCAGCUGGAAAGGGUGAAGGGGCGCAUGCAGACCGCGGCCGACACCCUGGAGGUCCAGGAGCGGGUGAACGCCUCGGCCGUGGGGCCCGGCGCCCAGGCGGUGGACACCCUGCGCCAGCUGGAAAGGGUGAAGGGGCGCAUGCAGACCGCGGCCGACACCCUGGAGGAGGCCAGCGGCCUGGCAUCCCUCUUCCACCGCAUGGACUCCCUGUUUGCCGACGAGGACCUGCCGGCUAUCGCCGCCGCGCUGGCCGGCAUGCAGCGCGGGCUGCGUGUGGAGGCCAGCGGCCUGGCAUCCCUCUUCCACCGCAUGGACUCCCUGUUUGCCGACGAGGACCUGCCGGCUAUCGCCGCCGCGCUGGCCGGCAUGCAGCGCGGGCUGCGUGUGGUAGGGGACUCCGUCCCCGGCUUUGCGGACGGCCCCGCGCGCCUGGCCACCUUCCAGGCCCGGCUGCGGGACCUGGUGCGGGCGCCGCUGGUCGCCGCGCUGCAGAACCGGCAGGGCGGCGAGGCGCAGCAGCUGGCGGGCAUGCUGGAGGGCGCCGGGGACGGCGCCAGCCUGGAGCGGCUGUACUGCGCGGCGGUGCUGCCGCCGCUGCGCGCCGCCUGGGAGCAGGUGGACCCCGCCAGGGCGCCCUUUGUCUCCGCGCUGCCCCAAUUCUUCGAGCAGGUGCUGGGCCUGCUGCGCGGCGAGGCCGGCUGGCUGGCGGAAGCCAUGCCCUGCCCCGGGGAGUACCUGCUGCUCCUGCCGCAGCUCCUGGAGGCGGUGCUCCUGCGCGACGAGGAAAGCGCGGGCGCGGAGGACGCGCUGGCCAGCGUGAACGAGUGGACCUCGCGCGUCGCCACGGCCUCGGCCCAGGAGCUGACCCAGCGCCUGCGCCAGCUGCCGCGCCUGACGCGCGGCGGGGCGGGCCAGCUGGCGGCCGACCUGGAGUACUUUUGCAACGUGCUGAGCACGCUGGGCAUGGAGGCGCCGGACGCGCUGGCGGGCUGGGCGGCGGGCGCGGCGGUGCAGGGGGAGGAGCCGGGCGAGGCGGCGGGCGACGCACGCGCUGCGUUUGGGGAGCUGCUGGCGGCCGCGGAGGGGAAGGAGGGGCGGGAUGCGGUGCGUGCUGUCGCCGCGCUGAGGGGCAUCCAGCUGUGA